UGGGGGCCGGGGGCCAUGGCUGGCCGGGGCGAGUGAGCGGCGGCUUGAAGCCGUAGCCUGGCCGCUGCAGUGGGGGGGCUCUCCCGGGCGAAGGAGGAGGAGGAAGAGGUGGAGGAGAAGGAGAAGGCAGCCAGCAGCAGCGGCAGCAGCAGCGGAAGAGUCAGCCCGGCGGGGCGCUGCGGAGAUGGCCGAGUGAAGAGCGCCGCGGGGGCAGCGGCACCGCGGGUUCGAGCCCCGGGUGCAGUCGGCCGGGCUGAGCGAGCGAGUGAUCGGAAAGGAAGGAAGGAUAGAUAGAUCGAUCUCCGGGCGAGGAUUCCUUGCUCUACCUCUUUUCCUCCAGACCCCCCUUUUGCUAUCUUUUUUUGGGGGGGGCGUCGGAGGGGGGUCCUCUCUUUCUGCCCGUCAUCACCUGGUGGCGGCUUUUCUGCAAAAAAGGUGUUUGCAAAAGAGAAAAAAGAAGGAAAGAAACGGUCGGGAAGGAAUGAGCGGCGCUUUGCUGGCAAAGGCAAGACCCGGUUGGCGAAGCUACGGAACCGGCCAGCCUAGAGGAUAAGCUGUGCUCCAGGACCGGCACUCUGGAAACCUCUGCCUCUGCAAGCUGGUUGGUUGUUCUCCGCCACGCUUCCCAUUUAGGAAUACAAAAAAACAACAAAAAAACUUUUUGCCACCAUGUCGGGAGACAUGUGGAGGUGGACCUGCAUUGGCUUGCAUCUUGUGUUCUGCACGGUGGGGCCGUCUUCGGCCGCUAGGCAGCUCCCCUCUCACCCAAAGAAACCUUUUUUGAUCUUCUCCUCGGAAGCCGCCGAGAUCUCCUUCAACCACUUGGUGGUUGACAAAAGGAAAGGAUCGAUUUACUUGGGAGCUAUCAACUGGAUCUACAAGCUCUCCGGCGAGCUGGUGGUGGAGGCCCGUCACGAGACGGGCCCGGAUAUCGAUAACCCCAAAUGUUAUCCUCCCAAGAUAGUCCAGCCUUGCAACGAGCCGUUGGUAUCCACCAACAACAUCAACAAGAUGCUACUAAUUGACUACAAAGAGAACAGGUUGAUCGCCUGUGGCAGCUUAUACCAAGGGAUCUGUAAACUCUUGAGGUUGGACGACCUGUUCAAACUGGGGGAGCCCUUCCACAACAAGGAGCACUACCUCUCGGGGGUGAACGAGAGCGGGUCGGUGUACGGAGUCAUCGUUUCUUACAACAACAUGGACGACAAGUUGUUCAUUGCCACGGCGGUGGACGGGAAGCCCGAAUACUUCCCCACCAUCUCCAGCCGGAAGCUGCCCAAAAACUCGGAAGCGGAAGGCAUGUUUGCCUACGUUUUCCACGACGAGUUUGUGGCCUCCAUGAUCAAGAUCCCGUCGGACACGUUCACCAUCAUCCCAGACUUCGAUAUUUACUACAUCUACGGCUUCAGCAGUGGCAAUUUUGUCUAUUUCUUGACCCUUCAGCCGGAGAUGGUUUCUCCGUCGGGUUCCACCACCAAGGAGCAGGUUUACACCUCGAAGCUAGUCCGCCUCUGUAAAGAAGACACGGCCUUCAACUCGUACGUCGAGCUGCCCAUUGGCUGCGAAAAGAACGGGGUGGAGUAUCGGUUGUUGCAGGCCGCCUAUUUAUCGAAGGCGGGAUCCAUCUUGGCUCGAUCUUUGGGGAUUAUGCCCGAGGACGAUGUCCUCUUCACGGUGUUCUCCAAGGGGCAAAAGAGGAAGAUGAAGUCUUUAGACGAUUCGGCCCUUUGCAUCUUUCUUCUGAAGAAGAUCAACGACCGGAUCAAGGAUCGGUUGCAAUCCUGCUACCGGGGAGAAGGCACGCUGGAUUUGGCAUGGCUCAAAGUGAAGGAUAUCCAUUGCAGCGGCGCGCUGUUAACCAUUGAUGACAAUUUCUGCGGCCUGGAUAUGAAUGCCCCCCUUGGAGUAUCCGAGAUGGUACGAGGACUGCCCAUCUUCACAGAAGCCCAGGACAGAAUGACCUCGGUCAUCGCCUACGUCUACAAGAACCAUUCGUUGGCCUUUGUGGGAACCAAGAGUGGCAAGCUAAAGAAGGUAGGACUGGCUUUUACGAAGUCAUUGCGGCACGUCGCAAGUUGCGUAGCUCAACGGUUCAGUUCGAUGGAAGGAUGAGGCUUCUGACUUCCAAGGAUUGCCGUAUUUUCGGUAAAGCUUUGCUGGUCGUUUGAAGAGAAAGUUGUUCUGUGGGAAUCCGUCAAAUGGAGAAUGACCAAUCUUGAGGUCUGCUAAGGGUCUAUCUAACUAGCCAGGUUCCAGGUUUUGUGGAUUGGGAUAGUGGCAUUUAAACCAACAAGGAAAACCACUGGAGAUAUGGGACAAGUAAAUUUGAUUCCCGUAUUUUUUCCCCGAGUAUGGAAAGGAAGCUGACCUUCACAAGGUCGGUGUUGUGUUUAUCAUGGGACAAGUACCGUAUUUUCCGGCGUAUACAACGACAGCGUAUAAGACGACCCCCGACUUCAGAGACAAUUUGCAUGCUUUAGAAAGUCGUCUUAUACGUCGGAAAAUAUGGUAAUAAACAUUUGUUGUGUUUAUUAUAAGGGUCAUGGUUGCGCGUUUGGACAAUGGAUCUAAAGUUUGG